AUGAUGGAAACACAGACCGCAACCGCGCCAGUCUUGGCGUCAUCGCGCCAGUCCGGACGUAGUUCCGACAGCAGUAGUUCGCUGGACGCCAUUGCGCAAGAGAAACAGAGACUGGCCGCCGCCAACUUCGCUUCCUCGACGGACCGAGACCGUCCGGACCUACACAACGCCGCCUCCCCAAAACGGUGGAAGACCUUCUGGACCGCCUUCCGCUAUCUGCAACACUUGACCCCCAAGCAGGUCGAUGAUUUCAUGGCCUCCUACGUCAUCUACAACCUGGACUGGUCCGACGAGAAGCAGAUGAUCGAGACGCUGGGCCCCAACUACCAGGACAAAGUCGGCGACUGCCUCAAGGCGUACUAUGGCGUGCUCAACCACCUGUGCGCCCUGGGCGACGUCGAGAAGAUGUACAUCCCCCCGUUCAUGAGCAAAAAGGCCACCGUGCUGGAGAACCAGCUGCUGUACGAGGAGUCGAUCGCCCGCGACAUCGGGCUCAAGGCCGGAGAUCGCGUGCUGGAUCUGGGUUGCGGCCGCGGGCGGGUGGCGGCGCACAUGACGCAAUUUUCCGGCGGCGCCCAGGUCACCGGCAUCAACAUCGAUCCCAACCAGAUUGCGCAGGCGCAAAAGUUCAACGACAAGCGCGGCUUCCGCAACAAGUUCGUCGUCCAGGAUUUCAACUCCCUGCCGCUGCCCUUUGAGGACGAGUCCUUCGACGCCUUCUACCAGAUCCAGGCCCUGAGUCUCUGCAAGGACCUGACCGUCCUCUUCCGCGAGAUCUACCGCGUCCUCAAGCCCGGCGCCCGGAUCUCGCUGCUCGACUGGGUCAGCUUGCCGGCGUACGAUCCCACCAACCCGGAACAUGCCGAGCUCAUGCGGCGCGUCAAGCCGCUCAUCGGCGCCGUCGGCACCCCGACCCCGGAGGUCCUGGAACGCGCCCUGGCCGACGCCGGGUUCACUGUCCUGAAGUCGGACAACGCCAGCUUGGACGGCUUGCAGGCCCCACUCAUCGACACCGUCGACAUCUACUUCCGAUCCAUGCGCCAGGUCAUCCUGGGCUUGGUCAAGGUGCAUGCGCUGCCGCACCACUUCAAGACCCUGAUCAACCGUCUGUGUCUGGAUGGCCAGGCGUUUGUCAAGAUGGACCGCAUGCGCCUGUGUUCCACGAGUUAUCGGAUCAUUGCGCAGAAGCCUCAACGGUGA